UUAGAAGAUUCAAAAAUGGCGGCGCGCGAAGAUUACAAUAACAAAAAAAGAAAACAACUUAAAGAGCGAUAAAUAUAUAAUCCUCUGAUUUCUGUCGAAUUACUUUAUAUACAAAUAGUGAAGAACCUAAGGAGGUAAAAUGCCGCCUUUAGACUGGGGAAGAAUUAUGGGUGCCAAUGUAGAGGAGCUUAGAGAAGACCUGGAUGCAGCCGAUGAGAUGUACGGCGUCUUGGAGAUGGGCUCAGUUAAUCCAGACUCGACAGAAGCUGAAGAUGUAAACAAGAUGAUAAAACUUUUUGAGGUUACUAAGACUGUUAUGAAGGUUAAAUCAUUGCAAGCAGAGUUGGCUGCUGAAGAAAUUGUAAAAGCUGGAGGUGGAGAUCAAGAGCAAGAGUUAUUGGAAGAAAUUGAACAUUUAAAGAGAGAGAUCCAACAAUACAGGAAAUAUGAUGGUGUUGGUGGAGAUGAAUUAAUCAGAGAAAUUGAGAAGAUUGAAAACAGCAAAAGGGCUUUGGAACAGGAACUCAAUGAAAAAGCGGAAGCCUACUUCCAAGAGAAAAACAAAAGUGAUCAAAUGGCUGCUAGGCUAGAUGAAGCUGAAAGAGAAAACAAGAGCUUAAAAAGAGAUAUAGAACGGAACAAGAUGGACCUAAGAGAUUUACAAAGACAAUUUGAACAACAGAGAGAAAGUACAACAAUGCGCAGAGCAGAAGGUUCUGACUUUAAAGAGAAGAUCUCCAAGAAAAACAAGGAAUUGUCUGAGUAUCUGGAUGAAAUAAGGAUUCUUCAAGAGGCUAAUGAUGAUUUAGAAGAACGCAUGAAAAACACUGAGAAAGAACUUCAAGAGGCAACUGCAGAGAUGGACAAGAUGACAGAUGAAUACACCAAACUGAAGAUUGUUCUGCAGCAGUCAGACAUGAUCAUAGAUGACAUGAGGAAAGAAAGGGAUGCCCUCAGAGCACAGGUUCAAGAUCUCAGGAUGCAGUUUUCAACCAAAACAGACACUGAUGAACAGAUUAUGGCAGCUGUGAACUCUAAAGUGGAAGAGUGGAAGGCUGUGCUUGCAGCAAAAGAAAUUGAGCUAGAACAGUACCAGUCAUUGGUCCAAGAACUGAAACAACAAGUUGCAGGGCUUCAAAUGGAUGCAGACAAAACAUCCUUGGCCAUGUUACAACAGGCUGUGGCUGAGAAAGAUGAACAGAUAGAAAAUCUUAAAAAGGAACUUGAAAAGGCAUCAAGUGACAUGCAUGGUGUAGCUUCAUAUGUGGAAGAAGUCAAGGCCUUAACUGAAAAAGGUGUUCCAUCAGCAUAUCAGCAAAAAAGAAUCAGAGAUCUAAACAGCACGCUACAAAAAGAACAGCUGGAAGUUUUGCAGUUUAAAGACAGGAUGAUCAUGGCAGAAAAGGCUGCAGCUAUGAAAGACAAGCAGUUGAAUGACUUGCUGGCUCGAAUGAUGCAAUAUGAGAGGAACCAGAGGCUGGAAGGAGAAGUAGAAAAGAACGAAAAACAAAUUGAAAAGUACAAGUCUGAUAUGAAGAAGAUCGAGACUGAAAAUAAGGAACUUAAAGAUGAGAAUAAGCAGUUGGAAGUUGGGAUGCGGGAGAUUUUAGCACAGCUGAGAGAACAUGCUGCAGCACAAGGAGCAGAGGAAAAUAAAUUAGUACAAGUACCAGCCUUAGAAAAGCUUAUGGCUAUGAUAGAAUCUAGAAAUGCAGUGGGUCAAUAUGACACAACACUACAAUUGAAAGCUCAGAUCGAACAACUAAGUGGGAGGAAUGAAGAACUCCGACACGAACUGCAUAAUGCCCGAGAAGAAACAGCUAAAGCCAUUAUGCAGUUGGAGAGGAAAAAGACCAAGAUCGAGGAUCUUGAAAAAGAUAUUAAAGUGUUGAAAGAGAUAGGUGAAGGCGCCGUUAAGUUACAACCCAUGCCUUUGCCGCAGGGAAUGACACCGUCUUCAACAGAGAUCAUCGCCAGUCUUAACGAGCAUCUUAUACAAGUACUUCAGGAAGUCUCCCUGAAAGAGCAACUACUGGAGAAAAUGGAGAAGGAUCUUGAGAUGUUCAAGAGGAAAUUCUCGGUCAUUCUUCACCAAAAGGGGCUUCUUUAUGCUGAUUUUAUGAAAGAAAAAGAGAAUUGGGAGGAGGAGAAGAAAGCGAUCGAAGAAGAUAAGGCCUCAACUGAACUUGCCAGAGAACACGAUAAAAUCAGGCUCAUGGAAUUCGAGAGAUUACUCGAUACCCUGGAAAAAGACGAGGACAAGCAGAAAAAGAGACUUGGAGAAAUGACAAGAAAGGUUACAGUUUUGAGAGUGAACGAGAAGUCGCUCAGCAGGAGAUACACGGCCAUGCAAGAGGUGGAAGCUGCACUCAGGAAAGAAAACAAGAGAUACAAAAAUGAUGUUGUUGCCAUGGAGACCGCAAUUACCGAGAGACUGGGUUACCUUCAAAGACACAAAGAAAUGUCCACGUACAAGAUUGGAGUAUUACAGCAAGCUUUAGAUGAGAGUGUUCUUGCAACAGAACUAGAAGCAGCCAACAAACAGUAUAACGAACUCACGGCCAAGUAUCGCGACGUUAUACAAAGGGAAAACAGCCUCGUGGCACGAUCAGCCAUAGUCGACAAUCUAGAGGCCGACUUGAAGGCUUUGGAAGAAAGAGAAGCUGAUCUGAAGAGGGAGAUGACCUCACUGAAGGAAAGAAACCACAGUUUAGAGCAGAUGGUGAAUGAACUGCUAUCGAAAGAGGGUGGAGAGGGUGGAGGAGACACCAGCAUUGUGCGGCAGGAAGAGAUAGACAGGAUAUCAAGAAAACUCGCCACGUUAGAAAUGAAGGAACUGAAUGAGAGAGAGCGUGCCGACCAUGCCACGAGGAAAUAUGAACAAGUUCAGUCUCUUAUCAAGCAACUAGAGGAAAGGAAUGUAGAGUUGGAACAAAAAUUUGCAGAGAUCAGCAAGUUGAAUCUUGAAUCUCAGAGAGUUGAGCGGCAGCUUAGGGACGAAAUAUCCAACUCUGUCACACAGGAUACUCAUGUGGCUGUCACGCGUCGUGUCCAGUCUCUGGAGGAGUCCGAAUCUAAGCUAAAGGUGGAAGUGUCACGAUUGAAGGAGGUGGCGGAAGUGGCUUCGCAUCAAACCGAAGCCAUCAAAGCGCAGCAGGAGUCACAGGACAGAGAGCUGACAUCUCUCAGGAAGCAACUUUACGACAUGCAGAUGGAGAGUGAUGACAAGACCAUUAUAGGUAAACUGCACCACCAUAUCGUGGCCCUUCAGGUGAGUGAAGGUACAGCCGUGAGGAAACUGGAAGCUGCUAUGCAGAAGCUGUCCAGACAGGAAGCUCAUGUGUUACGGCUCGAGCGGAAAAUCGAUGAAAAAGACCAGGCUUUGUAUCACGCUAAGACGGAGGCCAGGAACAAGGCAAAGUUCCUUAAGAGAACCAUUCAAGAUCUGAGGAGGCAGUACAGCGGAGCUCUGCCACUGAUGAAACAGGAAAAGUUUGCCGAGACUAUGCGUUCGUUACACGAAGACAAGCACAAGCUUGAAGGAGAGCUUAAGAAAGCUAGAACCGACAGAGAAGCAGCUGAAGACAAGCUUUCUGAGCUUCAGCUUCAACACGAUGGGUUACAGGAACUGAUGGGUACGUUAAAGGAUGGCAAAGGGGCAGCUAAAGUCACUGAAUGGCACGCAAAGAUGGGCGAAAUACGACUGCAGGACCUUAAACUGAACCGUGCUAUUACCAGGUUGCAGGAAGAGUUGAAACACCUGGAAAAUAUGACAAAAGUUCAGGAACGCACCAUCUCGGAUCUGGAAGAUGAAAAUGUCCAGCUUGCCAAAGAGCACGAAGAGAGGCAGUUGCUAUGGGAACAGAGGGAGGUGGAGCUUGAGCGCACGAUUGACAAGCUAGAAAAACAACAGGAACAACUAGCAGACGCAGCUGCUAAGUUUGAGGAGGCUACUGGCUCGAUACCAGACCCUGAUCUUCCAGUAGCAAAUCAGCUUGAAUUGGCGAUUAGAAAUAUAAAGGAGCACAUAAGGAUUAUUGUAGGAACGAGAGAGGAAAGCAGAGCUCUUAAAAAGAAAUACGAAGAGCUGGAUCAAGCUUUCAAGCAGUCAGAAGAAAGGCUGACCCAGAAAGAUAAGCUGAUAAACGAGCUGCGCCUCCGUCUCCCUCUGUCAGAGCGCGGGGAGAUCACAGCAGAAGCCAAGAAAGCUGCUGGAUUAGUAGAAGAGGACUAUGAAUCAAAACGAGCCCUGAAAGUGGCGCAGGCAACUGUCUCCAGUCUGCAAGAGGCCAAGACUCAAAACGAACAACACAAAGCAGAAAUUCAGCUCCUACAAGACAGGUUACAUCUGGAGACGGACGAGACAUUUAGAAGGAAGAAGACUUUCCACAUGGAUUCCGUGAAUGACGAUGGUCCUCCAGUUCCUUCUCACAAACAGCUGGCACGUUUGUCAGAGUUGGAGGAAAUGGUGACAGAACAGGACAAUGCCUUGGCCGUGGCGGCAGAGAAGUACAAGAAAUCACGAAAUGAGAUCAGCAAAAUGAAAAAGGAUCAUGAAGAGGAAGUAAACAGUCUCAAACAGCAGAUGGCCAGGAAAAACGAGGAUCAUUCAAAAGAAAUUACGAGACUUAACAACGAGAAACUAGAACGAGAUGACAGAAUAAUGGAACAGAGUAAGGAGAUCGAGGUACUUAAGGAUGAACUUGAGUUAGCAAAGGAAGCCUCCCAGCGUGCUCCUAGUAAAACCAUGAAACAUUUGGUGGAGAGACUUAGGAACCAGUUGGCAUUGAAGGAAAAACAACAGAAGUCCUUGAGUCAAGCUCUCCUGCAGCUCAGAGCUGACAUGGUUACGACUGCAGAGGAAAAUGUUCAGGCUCACGCUAAAAAGGCUGAGCAACAGGCCAAUGUACAACAUAUUGUGGAGAAAGAAACUGCUGGUCUUCAGGCACGUCUCGAAGAGCUCCAAGAGAGAAUGGAAAAACUCAAGAAAGAGCUAAGGAAACAAAAGGAGAAGGAAUCGAACUUUUUAGGGGAAAGGGACAAACUGAAGCAGGAACUUUCAAAAAAGGACUCUGCGCUGUUAAAGCUUGGGCGUGAACUGAAGGAGUUAGAGACUGUGCAAGAACAGUUGGAGAAAAAAGAGGAAGAAUUGAGAACUGAGAGGAACACGCUUGCUCAGGAACGAGCUGAAUGUGAAAAACUACGAGAGAGAGUGAAAAGCCUUCAAGAGAAAAUAAAGCAGUUCAAACAGAAGAGCUCUGAGGACUCUGAAGGGGGAGCUGGUGACGAUAAACCGAUUGUUGAGGAAGUGAUUAAGGAAGAUAGGGCGGCAGUGGUCUCUGAAGGAGUUGCGCGAUGGGAGGACAACAAGAAGUGGCAACAAAAAGUAGAAACACUUAAGGGAAAACUGGCGGAGAAAACACGAGAGCUGGAAAAAGCCGAAAAGACCAUCGGUAUGUUACGAGACGCAGUAAGCAGGGCUGAGAAGGACAAAGCAGGACUUCACAGUAGAUUGAAAAGUUCUGCCAAGUCUUCAACAGGUGGACAAGCUCUUGUCACUAACGAAGUUGUUCAGGAUCUUAGACAGAAUAUUUUUAAGCUGGAAGAAGAGAAUCAGGAAUUGAGACGUCAGAAAGUUCUGGGUCAUGACAAACAAAUGGAAGCACUUGAGCUUCGAAACAAACAACUAGUGGAGCAUAUUGAAGAUUUAGAGAGAGACCUUGCUGGCAGAAUGGCUGAGCGGCGUACAGUGGAUCAUGCUGAUGCUGAUAUGUAUCGUGACAUGUAUCAGAGAAAUCAGUCUCUUCAAAAACAGCUCUUAGAGGCAAAAGAGGAAAAUAUGGAAUUAAGAUUCGAGUAUGAACAAGCUCGAAAGGAAAACCCUCGACUUAAGGCUCGUGUAGAAGAUUUACAAGAGUAUGUGGAAAUUUUGAAAGCAGAACUUGAAGCAAGCAAAAAGAGGGAGAAAGCUCGCAAGAAGAGUCUGGGCACUGGUAUGGGUGGUCAGAGCGUAGAGGAUCUGGAGAGAGUAAUAGCAGCCAUGAGACGAGUUGUGGAGAGACUUCAGGGAGAGAAUGAUCAGUUAAAGAAGACUGUUGGAGCAGGAGGCCCUCAGUAUGGUGAAGUGUUAAAGGAAAAUAAACGGCUCAAGCAUGAGUUGGAGAAGGCAAAAGUUAGCGAGAAGACCCAGUCCUCCCGUGGAGGUAGUAGUCAGGGAAAUACAGCUAGACUGGUGACUGAGAACGAGAAACUACUUAAAGAUUUAAAAAAGGAAAUGGAGAAGGUAGAAAAGUUAAAAACAGCAAACGCUAAUCUGGAACAGAGAAAAGAAGAGCUUGUGAAAGAAUUAGAACAGUUACAUCAAAGACUUUCCGCCUCAAACAUGGAUGGACUUGAUAGUAAAGAAUGGAAAUCAGUCGUUUUACCAAAGAUAUACGAAGAGAAGAUGCAAAAACUAGAGGCAGAACUGGAGAAAAAGACAAAUCUGUUGAAAGAUAUCAAGACGUACUUGAAAGCAGCUGCAAACAGAGAAACUGAGUUAAUGAAGAAACAGCAAGAACUUGAGGAAAAGGUUACAAUUUUGGAGCGGUUUCCCGCAAAUAUAAAAGGUGACAGUGAUCUGGUCAAAGAACUUCAACAGACAAGGUUGCGGUUGGCAUCUCUCGAGUCAGAGAAAGAAGAAAUUUUACACGAGGUACGGCAACUCAGAAAGAUGGGACAGGCAGGUGAUCUACCACGUGACUUGGAUAAUGAAGAAGUUCUAGAGAAAUUACGAAACUACGACAGAAUGAUGGCCGAGGACGUGGAACUGAGAACGAGAUUGAAAACUGUAGAGUUGGAGCGCGAUCGAACGUCGCAUGAAGUCUCCAAGCUACGAAAAGAACUCGAGGCCUUUGAUCCCGCUUUUUUCGAAGAGAUCGAAGACUUGAAGUACAAUUACCAAAAGGCUGUUGAAAGGAACGUGUUGUACGAGCGACAGUUAAGGCAGAUGUCUCGACAGUUUGGAGUUGAUGUGAACAUUCCUACGGAGGAUUAAAUUUUUGUGAGCCAGAUUCUCCACAGGAAGCAGCGAAAGUUCUACUGCCAAAAAUACGUUGGCAAAU